GGUUAUUCUGAUUUAGACUGGCAAUAAAAAUGCAACUGACUGGGAGUUGGCAUGACCAAAGUGCAAUCUAAAUAUCUUCCCUCUCCACACGGCACAGCUGGCACUUUGAGGAGCUGAGCUGUAGGCUGCCCUUGCAGAGCAACAAUGGAGAAAGAUGAUCGAGAAAAGGAAGGGAAGCUGACCCUGGUGCUGGCUCUGGCAACACUGAUAGCUGCCUUUGGUUCAUCCUUCCAAUAUGGGUACAACGUGGCUGCUGUCAACUCCCCGUCAGAGUUCAUGCAGCAGUUUUACAAUGACACCUUCAAGGAGAGAACCCAGGACACCCUUGAUUCCUUCUCCUUGACACUAAUGUGGUCCAUGACGGUGUCCAUGUUCCCCUUUGGAGGCUUUAUAGGUUCUCUCCUGGUUGGACCCUUGGUGAAUAAGAUGGGCAGAAAAGGGGCCUUGCUAUUCAACAACGUCUUCUCUGUCGUGCCAGCCAUCUUAAUGGGGUGCAGCAAAAUGGCCAGGUCAUAUGAGCUGAUCAUUGCUUCCAGGCUCAUGGUUGGAAUAUGUGCAGGUCUGUCUUCCAAUGUGGUCCCUAUGUACUUAGGGGAACUGGCCCCUAAAAACCUGAGAGGGGCUCUUGGGGUGGUACCCCAGCUCUUCAUCACCGUCGGCAUCCUUGUGGCCCAGCUGUUUGGCUUUCGGAAUGUUUUGGCAAAUGAGGAAGGCUGGCCCAUCCUCCUGGGGCUGACUGGAGUCCCCGCAGCCUUACAGGUCCUCUUGCUGCCCUUCUUCCCUGAGAGCCCCCGCUACCUGCUGAUUCAGAAGCAAGACGAGUCAGCCACCAAGAAAGCCCUGCAGAGGCUUCGAGGUUGGCAGGAUGUAACCCUAGAAAUGGAGGAGAUCCGGAGGGAGGACGAGGCCGAGAAGGCAGCGGGCUUUAUCUCCGUGUGGAAGUUGUUCAAGAUGCAGUCCCUGCGCUGGCAACUCAUCUCCAUCAUUGUCCUCAUGGCUGGUCAGCAGCUGUCAGGAGUGAACGCGAUCUACUACUACGCUGACAAGAUCUACCUCAGCGCAGGUGUGAAAACCAAUGACAUCCAGUAUGUGACUGCUGGGACAGGGGCAGUCAAUGUGUUCAUGACCAUUGUCACGAUAUUUGUGGUAGAGCUUUGGGGACGGCGACUUCUGCUCCUCCUGGGCUUCUCCACCUGCCUCACUGCCUGCGUCGUGCUGACGGCCGCUCUGGCUCUGCAGGACACCAUCUCCUGGAUGCCUUACGUCAGCAUCGUCUGCGUCAUCGUCUAUGUCAUAGGACAUGCCCUGGGACCCAGUCCCAUCCCUGCCCUACUCAUCACUGAGAUCUUCCUGCAGUCCUCCAGACCAGCCGCCUUCAUGAUCGGGGGCAGUGUCCACUGGCUCUCCAACUUCACUGUGGGGCUCAUCUUCCCAUUCAUUCAAGUGGGCCUCGGGGCCUACAGCUUCAUCAUCUUUGCAAUCAUAUGUCUCCUCACCACCAUCUACAUCUUCCUGGUCAUCCCAGAGACCAAGGGCAGGUCAUUCAUUGAGAUCAACCAGAUCUUUGCCAAGAAGAACAAGGUGUCGGAUGUGUACCCAGAGAAGGAGGAACUCAAAGACCUUCCACCUGACGUCUCUUUAUAGCAGCAGAGCCAGGGCACAAGCCAGGAUAGCUGGUCUGCAUGGACCUUUUCUCUGGACUUUGGUUCUGUCUUCUUAUUGUCUAUGACACUGGAAAUGAGACUAGCCUGGCAGGGAAUGCCAGCCCCAUCAGCAGCCCUCAUCCAGUGAGGACAUCUGACCUCCUUUAGUGCUUUUCUGCUGUCUCUAAGCACAGACCAGUCACAGGCUCUCAGCCACGUGCAACACUGUCCCUCACCUUUGCUAAGGUGACUGUGGUACAGGUACACUGUAACACAGCUUUUCUAAUAAAAACAGUUCCGGCAGGACCAGACAGGAGGACCACAUUACACCAGUCAAGCUGACCCUUUGGUGGCUCCCAUGUGCCUCGGGGGUCCCUGAACCACAGUGACCCAAGGAGGUCACUGGCGAUCGCUCGGGAUUGACGUCAUCCUUAUCCUGACCCAGCGUGUCACAAAGCUGGGGAACAGACCUUGGGAAGAUAUUAACUGAGCAUGAACUAUUAACUGUAGAUGAUAACAUUAGUGGAAUACCUCUGUAUAACCAAUAAAGAGAUCUGACACUUUUCA